UUCUCUUCAUCUAACAACUCCUCAUCAUUCAUCUCCUUGAUUCGCCAUUUGCUCUAAUUUAUGUGUAAUCAAUCGCUCACAAGUGGAUGUGGACUCUGUAGGUUAUGGCUAAUGAGAAUUACAAAACCUUAGAUUCCGUCACCGUCGCCGACGUCGAAGCUCUCGGAAUACACACUGAACUCGCCGGGAAACUUCACGGAGAACUGAACCGGAUUGUUCGUAAUUACGCGUCUGCCACUCCCCAAACAUGGUACCAUAUCUCCAAAGAACUACUCACCCCAAGCCUUCCUUUCUCUUUCCAUCAGAUGAUGUACUAUGGCUGCUACAAGGAUUUUGGGCCUGACCCGCCUGCCUGGUUACCCGACCCAAAAACUGCAAGGUUGACAAAUAUUGGUCAACUUUUGGAAAGACGUGGAAAGGAGUUCUUGGGAUCAAAAUAUGAAGACCCAAUUUCUAGCUUCUCAGAUUUUCAGAGAUUUUCAGUCUCCGACCAAGAGGUAUUUUGGAAAACCAUAUUGGAAGAAAUGAAUAUUUCAUUUUCAGUUCCCCCUGAAUGUAUUUUACGGGAGAGUCCAUCUCAUCCAGGUGGUCAGUGGCUUCCUGGAGCAUGAGUGAAUCCAGCGAAGAAUUGCCUCAGUUUAAGAAAGAGGACUUUAAGUGAUGUAGCCAUAAUAUGGCGAAGUGAAGGAAAUGAUGAAGCACCUGUUGAAAAGAUGACCUGUCAGGAGUUACGUGAAUCAGUUUGGGAAGUUGCAUAUGCUCUUGAAAGCCUGGGUUUGGAGAAAGGAUCUGCCAUAGCUAUAGAUAUGCCGAUGGAUGUUAAUUCUGUGGUGAUCUACUUGGCUAUUGUUCUUGCUGGUUAUGUAGUUGUGUCCAUUGCUGAUAGUUUUGCCCCAAGUGAAAUUUCGACAAGGCUCAUCUUAUCAAAAGCAAAAGCAAUUUUUACUCAGGAUUUUAUUCCCCGCGGAGAAAAAAAGAUACCCUUGUACAGUCGUGUUGUUGAAGCUCAUUCACCGAUGGCAAUUGUGAUUCCCAAUAGAGCCUCCAGCUUGAGCAUAGAAUUACGUGAUGGUGACAUCUCUUGGCCUGACUUUUUAGACAGAGUGAAAGAUUCCAAGGGACUUGAGUUUGUUGCUGUUGAACAACCUAUUGAUGCAUUUACGAACAUUCUGUUCUCAUCUGGCACAACAGGAGAUCCGAAGGCAAUUCCAUGGACUCUCCUCACACCUUUCAAGGCGGCUGCUGAUGGGUGGUGCCAUAUGGAUAUUAAAAAUGGCGAUGUUGUUGCUUGGCCGACUAAUCUUGGGUGGAUGAUGGGACCUUGGCUCGUUUAUGCUCCAUUGUUGAAUGGGGCAUCCAUUGCCUUGUAUAAUGGAUCUCCCCUUGGUUCUGGCUUUGCUAAGUUUGUACAGGAUGCUAAAGUAACUAUGCUUGGGGUGAUUCCAAGUAUAGUGAGGACUUGGAAAGCGAAAAAUUCUCCUGAUGGCUAUGAUUGGUCGACCAUCCGUUGCUUUGGCUCCACUGGUGAGGCAUCUAGCGUGGAUGAAUAUCUUUGGCUAAUGGGAAGAGCUGAAUAUAAACCGAUAAUCGAGUAUUGCGGUGGUACAGAGAUUGGUGGCUCCUUUGUCUCUGGGUCAAUGUUGCAGCCCCAGUCUUUAGCCGCUUUCAGCACAGCAGUCAUGGGAUGUAGUCUUCAUAUUCUUGGCGAUGAUGGGUUUCCUAUACCAUCAGAUGUUCCUGGGAUUGGUGAAUUGGCCCUUGGUCCUCUCAUGUUUGGAGCUUCAAGUACACUGCUGAACGCGGACCAUAAUGAGAUCUACUUCAAAGGAAUGCCUGUUUUGAAUGGAAAGGUUCUAAGAAGACACGGGGAUGUGUUUGAACGUACUUCCAAAGGAUAUUACCAUGCACAUGGUCGUGCAGAUGAUACAAUGAACCUAGGGGGCAUAAAGGUGAGUUCACUUGAGAUUGAGCGCAUAUGCAAUGCAGUAGAUGAAAAUAUACUAGAGACGGCAGCAGUUGGAGUACCACCUGCUGCUGGUGGACCUGAGAAGUUGGUAAUUGCAGUCGUGUUCAAGGAUUCAGAUAACUUGGAGCAAAAGUUGGUCAAUUUGUUGAUUUCUUUCAACACAGCUUUGCAGAGGAAGUUGAAUCCAUUGUUCAAGGUUUCCAGUAUUGUUCCUCUCCCUUCCCUACCAAGAACAGCAACAAAUAAAGUCAUGAGAAGGGUAUUGAGGCAGCAGUUUUCUCAAGCAGAUCAAGGUUCCAGACUGUGAUCUAUAUUAUUCCCAAUGAAGAGAC